CGUGGGGGGGGAAACACGUCGUUUUGUCCAUCCUGAGCAGACUACCGCCAGCCAACCUAACGGGAUGUGACCCCGAAUUCUAGUCUAAACACAGAGAGGCUGAACGAGAGCCCUCUCUCCGCAUCUCUCUUCGCGAUGCGUGCGAGCGGAGGGGUGGAGUCUCCAGGCCAGGGUCUUUCGAGUUCGUCCGUCGGAAGACGACAGCAACGAAAGAGCCCCAACCAGAAGCAGCAGCCCCUCUCCAGCGUCGCCCAAGCUGCCCCACAAAGAUGUCGGGUCUCUGGUUCGCCCUGUCUUGCUUGCUGCUGACCUGCUGCAGCUCGGCGUCCCUCAAGGAGCCGGCCGCUUCUUCCGCCGCCAGCUGCCCGCCCUGCACGCCCGCGGAGUGCGCAGCGCUGCCGGCCCGGGGCUGCCCGCUGGGCAAGGUGCGCGACAGCUGCGGCUGCUGCUGGCAAUGCGCGCGCGGCGAGGGCGAGGCGUGCGGCAUGGGAGCCGCCGCCGCCGCCGCUGCAGCCGGGCCCGCCGUCGGGUGGGGACGCUGCGCAGCGGGCCUGGAGUGCCGCCGAAGGCGCAAAGGCCAGGCCGGCGUCUGCGUCUGCAAGAGCCGCUACCCGGUGUGCGGCACCGACGGCCUCACCUACCCCAGCGCCUGCCAGCUGCGGGCGGCCAGCCUGCGCUCCGAGAGCCGAGGCGAACGCCCCGUCGAGCAACGCAACAAGGGGCCUUGCGAGCAAGGACCAUCUAUUGUGACUCCCCCGAAAGACACCUGGAAUGUCACUGGGGCCCAGCUUUUCCUGAGCUGUGAGGUCAUCGGCGUUCCAACCCCAGUACUCACCUGGAACAAGAUAACAAGAGGACAAUAUGGAGUACAAAGGAUGGAGCUUCUUCCAGGAGACCGGGACAAUUUAGCCAUCCAGACACGUGGUGGUCCCGAGAAACAUGAAGUGACAGGGUGGGUAUUGUUCCCAGCUUGUAUAUGGGAUAGCAACUGCAAGAUCGGAUCUACAGACAUUGGAUGUUAUGUAUGCAGGCCCUGUGCAAAUGUUACAUCCACAUAUGGAUAUGCCGAAAGCCUGGAGGCACCCCGUGGGAAGGUAGGGAGGAUCACAGAGGAUAUUAUCCUCUGUGCCCUGUGAAUGUUUUUGCACACUGGUGCUAUGUAAAUCCUUGACAAAAGUGAAGAAAGCAAUUGUAUUUUUGGCAUCACCAGGAAUCUGAAUUGCAAGGAUUGUGGAGCUCACGUUGCUUGAUUGUUCCCUGUUUCAUGGGGAGGUAAAUUUUGACUGUGAUGGAGUUAUGUACAUUGCAGCCCAUCACAGCUGAACCCUCUUCUGUGCUAGCUGACAGAGUUGCAUUGCCUUUGUCUCCAGCUGCCUAUUCCUGGAACCACUGUCAGGUUAGAUGCAAACCCUUCUCUACAACACAGAAGUUGUCUAUCAUUUCUGAUUAAACAAUCCUUAAAAGCUGGGGUGGUACAUAUCUUUCCAGUUUCUGCCCUCUUCCUGUACCUAAAAGGAUCUUCUUUAUAUAUAUUUCUCUAAGGCAUACCCGUGGCUAAUCUCAUGUGUGGCAGCUCUCGCGAGAGUUCGGAGAGCUGCCGGAUAGCCAUGGUAUGGGUGGAGGGAAUAAAAUAGCCACUGGCUGAAGAAAACGGCAGCUGGCAGGCGGGGAAACAGAUGACCAGCAGGCGGGCAGGAAAGGACGAAGGGGACAGGAGGGGAAGGACGAAGACAGGGGAUGGGCAAGGAAACAGACUGCCAGUGGGCAGGGAAGGAAG